AUGUCGACACGCAUCCCUUUGUCGAGCCGGCAGCAGCUGGUGCCCCAGAUCAUCAAGUCGCAUCGACGCAAGGACACCGACGGCCUCUCUGCGUGGCUGCUGCUAAUCUGGGUGGCCGGAUCCAUUCCGCAGGGCACGUACCUCGUGGUGCAGAACAUCAACAUCCCCCUCAUCGUCCAGCCGCAACUCUUCUCGACGUUCGCCAUCAUCGCCAUGGCGCAGUGCUGGCACUACUCGCACGGGAUUGCGCUGCGCAAGUGCAUCGCAGCAGGCGUCGUCACGGGUGCAGUAGCAGGCGGACUCGAAACGGCGUUUUACUUCUUGUGCAAGCUCGGGCAAGAUAGGGGAACGAGUGCGGCAACGAAGACCAUGGGCAUCGUCGGGGCUGUGUUGAUCGUGCUCGGACUGGUGCCCCAGUACUACGAGAUCUGGAGAUGGAGGGAGGUCAAGGGAAUCAGUUUGUGGUUUUUGGCAAUCGACUGUGCAGGCGGAGUGUUUAGCCUGCUCAGCCUCGUGUUCAAGGCUGAAUUCGAUGGCAUCGCUGCCGCAAAUUACAUCGGGAUCGUCGUGCUGGAACUCGGCAUCUUUGCGCUGUACUUUACGCUCAAUCCCCGGGCAGAACGUCGACGCCAAGAGCUCCCGUCCGAAGCCACCACAGAAUCCACCGCUCUCCAGCAAGGUGCCGAAGAGACACCCGAUUGGUCGCGCCAUACGACGCUCGAAAAGCCACCCCAAGAGCACACGACAUAA